AAUGUAUUUACUGUUAGUGCUGAUCUUCAGCCUAUCAAUGCGAAGCGUACAGCCUACAUAGUGGAUCCACAAGGUUCCAGAAUGAUUCAGUGGAAUGACUUAAAGUCUGUCUGCUGUGGAGUAACAAACAUGAGUUUUCCAUUGUCUGAUCAACCUGUCUGUGGUGAAUGGUUAAUUUUUGUUGAAGUUCAAGGGCACAUUUACAAUAAAUCCUUUGAAGUCCAGAAAUACAUGUUACCAAAAUAUGAGCUGCUUAUUGAAGCACCGAAGUACAUCCAGGAUAUCAACAGUUGUGAAACUGGAAAAGUGCAUGCCAGGUAUACUUUUGGAAAACCUGUGGCAGGAAUGUUAACAAUUAACAUGACAGUGAAUGGUGUGGGGUAUUACAAACAGGAAGCUGGACAUCAAGUAAUAAAAAGUAUGGAGCUGUAUGGCUCUGCAAGUUUUGAGAUUUGUGUGAAAGAUAUGAUUCCUGUAGAUGUUCCAGCACAUUUCCGGGGAGCACUGUUUAUCUGGGCUUCCUUGGCCAGCUCAGAUGGAAGUAAACAACUCGCAUAUGAUGAUUCUACUCUUGUCCAGAAGCAACUUAUUGACAUUAAAUAUGCAAGCAACACAAGAAGGCAGUUUAAACCAGGCCUCCCAUACAAAGGAAAGGUUGAAGUGACUUAUCCAGAUGGUAGCCCUGCAGAUGGCAUAACAGUACAGAUUAAGGCAGAGCUGACACCCAAGGAUAAUAUUUACACGACUGAAUUGGUGUCAAAGAAUGGAUUGGUUGCAUUUGAAAUCCCAUCAAUUCCCUCUCUUGCACACUAUGUCUGGCUGGAGACACAAGUGACUGCUAUUAAUGGGAAAUCCACUGGAGAGCAAUAUUUGCCAAAUUAUCUCUUAAUCAGCAGCUGGUACUCUCCAAGCAAGUGCCAUAUACAACUGGAAGGACCUGACAAACUACUGCAGGUAGAAAAACCAAAAAUCCCUCUAAUAUUUGGUAUACCUAAAACUCAUAAAAACGAAAUAGAUCCACCCUUAAGACCCAUUGUUUCGGCAGAUGGCUCUAAAACACAUACUUUAGCCAAAUUUGUCGACAACAAGACCAAAAAAUUAUGGGUAGAAAGGCAACAAAUUUUGAAAGAUUCUUGGGAUUUAUUGAAAGUUAUUACUGAUAUAGUUGAUAUUGAUAAUAUUAUUUUCGUUACUAUAGAUGUAAUGGAUCUAUUUUCUUCUAUUCCCUAUAAGGAGGGUAUUGAGUUCUAUGAGGAAAUUAUAUACGAAGACAAUAGUUUGACAAAUAAUGAUAAGCAGGCAUCUGUCUGGUUAAUGGAUAUGGUGCUGCAAAACAAUUUUUUGUUCUUUAAUGGCGAAUUUUACAAACAAUCACAAGGUGUGGCUAUGGAGUGCAGUGUGCCACCACUUUUGCUAAUUUGUUGGGAUCUGAAUUUUGUACUUGAGAAGCUUACUCUUUUUCCAUUUGAAGCUGCGUAUCAGGCUGAUUUCAGGUUCUUGACUUGGCAGACUGUUACUGUUCUAGCAGAAGUCAGAACAAUGAGUAUAUCUGAGUUUCCAAGCUUUUUUGGUGGGUCAGAGAUACUUAAUUGUAGCAGUGUCAGUGGUGCAGUAGGUAGUGCUCACACCUUUGGUGCAGAAGUUCCCACAAAUUCAUCGAGAGAGGUUGAAAUAUGUGAGACAUACAUCUGCUUCACCAUCACGUACAAAAUGACUCCACUUAACCGACUUCUGGCAUAUUAUGUCAUGGAGAAUGGAGAAGGAGUAACAGACAGUAUACAAAUCCCUGUACAAGUAACUUUUGAAAACCAGAUUUCGGUUUCCAUGUCCUCCAAUCAGACUCUACCUGGAGAUUUGGUUGACAUUAAGGUAAAAGGUGAAAAGGGAUCCUGUGCCUGCAUUGCCACAGUGGAUAAGAGUGUGUACUUCCUCCGACCAGGAUUUCAGCUUACUACUGACAAGAUUUUUCAAGAACUAGCGGAGUAUGAUGUUUCUGAUACCUUUGGAAUUCAAAAGGAUGAUGGGCACUUUUGGUGGCCUGGACUAUCAUCUCGUCGCCGAAGACGACGUUCUGUAUUUCCAUGGCACUGGCGUAUUACUAAAGAUGCCAGCUUUGCUUUUACUGUGACUGGCUUGGUUGUCAUGACAGAUACAGUCAAUCUGAAUCAGCGACAGGAUGGAGGAAUGUAUACGGAUGACACUAUACCUGCUUUCCAGCCACACACUGCAACACAGAUGGUUGCAUUGCAGUCACAGAUAACACCAAGAGCUGUAAAGAGGAAAAGAACGUAUUUCCCUGAAACUUGGAUUUGGCACUGUUUUAAUAUCAGCAAUGUCACUGGAGAGAAACAUCUGAAAGUAGAAGUACCUCAUUCCAUCACCACCUGGGUAACUGAAGCUAUAGGACUGUGUGAAACCAAAGGACUUGGAUUAGCUAAACCGAUGGAGAUAAGAACUUUUAAACCUUUUUUUGUUGACUUCACACUUCCAUACAAUGUGAUUCGGGGAGAACAAACAAAGAUACUGCUAACUGUGUACAACUACCUACCUACUUGUGCAGAGGUUCAUUUGAAAGUUUCUGUACCCAAAGGAAUAAAGUUUGUUGGACACCCAGGAAAAUACCACAUGACUAGAAAGAUGUGCAUUUCCUCAAUGGAUGCCAAGUGCAACUCUGUUGUUCUGACUUUUAGUGAACUUGGUCUUGGAAACAUCACAGCCAAAACAUUUGCCUAUACUAGCAAAGAAUGUUGCCAUGCAGAAAUUCAGUUACAGAAGAGUGGCAAAUAUUAUUUGGAUGAAAAUUACAUUGACAAGAGGACCCCCAUAGGAAGUGACUACAUUAAACGAAGCAUACUUGUUGAGCCGGAAGGUCUACCAAGGGACUAUACCUACAGCUUCUACUUCUGUCCAAAUGAAAGAAUUCAUAUUUCUACACCAAAUAAGUAUGAGUACCAGUAUGUGCAGAAACCAGCAAAAAUGACUCAUUUUCAUGUGGCAGUUAAAGCCCAUAAUGAUGCUCACUUUGCCCUGUCACCUAGCCCCUAUGAUACUUUGGAAGUGAUUGAGAUUGUAAUUGGUGGACGACAGAACUCUGAGACAAGGAUCUCUGCAAGUAAAAUGGGUGAGCCAGUGGUUGCUGCCAACACAGCUAAUAUUUUGUCUUGGGAUGAGUUCCGAAACUUUUGGAUAAGCUGGAAAAAUGGAGUUGUUCAGGUUGGCCAUGGUACUGCACCAUCAAUCGUGUCUAUAAUUGUACAGACAGCAAAAAUUAAACCAUUUGAUGUGAAAUAUAUUGGCUUUUCUACUGGAUGGGGAUCUGUUGGAGAAUUUAAAAUUUGGAGAAAGGAGGAAGCAGAUGAAAACCACAAUAAAGCCUUUACUCUUGGAGUACCUCAUAACAUAGUGCCAGGAUCUGAGAGAGCUACUGCAUCAUUGAUAGGGGAUGUAAUGGGGCCAACCUUGAACAACUUGGAUAAACUGGUGCGCCUUCCAUUUGGCUGUGGUGAACAAAAUAUGAUCCACUUUGCUCCAAAUGUCUUUGUGCUAAAAUAUCUGCAAAAAACAAAACAGCUUAGUCCUGAGGUGGAAAAUGAAGCUACAGAUUACCUUCUCCAAGGUUACCAGCGUCAAUUAACUUAUAAACGGCAGGAUGGUUCUUACAGUGCUUUUGGUGAGAGGGAUUCUUCUGGCAGCAUGUGGUUGACUGCCUUUGUCCUGAAGUCUUUUGCUCAGUCUGGUAGCUUUAUUUUCAUUGAUCCAAAAGAGUUGAUGUCUGCAAAAGAAUGGAUUAUUCAACACCAAAAGGAAGAUGGCUCAUUUCCUGCUGUUGGCAGAAUACUGAACAAGGACAUUCAGGGUGGAAUACAUGGAAGGAUCGCUUUGACAGCUUAUGUUGUAGCAGCUCUUUUUGAAGCGGGCAUUACUUCUGAGGAAGAGAAAGUUUCAGUUGGCAAAGCUAAGCAGUUCCUGGAGACAAAUAUGCACUCAGCCGAAGAUCCCUACACCACGGCUCUGAUUGCAUAUGCACUGACAUUACUGCACAGCACAUCUGCUCCAUCUGCUUUAAGAAAACUGAAUAACAUGGCACUCACUCAAGAUGGUUUUACCCACUGGAGUUUAACUGAGACAAACGUUGCUGAUGAAGACAUUUUUAUUGGAUUCAGUGAUGGCCUGUCACAGUCAGUUGUGUCGGCAGAGGUGGAAAUGACUGCUUAUGCACUGCUUACUUACACAUACCUUGGAGAUGUGGCCAUUGCCCUUCCUGUUGUUAAAUGGUUAUCACAGCAGAGAAAUGCCCUUGGUGGAUUUUCGUCUACACAGGAUACAUGUGUAGCACUGCAGGCCCUUGCUGAAUAUGCCAUCUUGUCAUAUGUUGGUGGAGUAAAUCUUACAGUUUCCUUGGCAUCAACUAACCUGGACUUUCAGGAGACCUUCGAACUGAACAAGUAUAAUAAAAAGAUUCUUCAUAAAACCAUUAUUCCCACUAUCCCAACUGGGCUGUUUGUGAGUGCCAAGGGAGAAGGCUGCUGUUUGAUGCAGAUUGAUGUUACAUACAAUGUUCCUGAUCCUAUUACUAAGCCAGCCUUCCAACUCUUUGUAAAUCUUGAAGAACCAAAGUCUCUCAGAUAUCACCAGUAUUAUGGAAGAUCAUCUGAUUUUGAUCAUAACCACUCACAGCUGAAACGCAGCAGGCGAGCUGUAGCUGAUGAUAACGAUCCACAUUCUGAUGAUUAUCAUCAAGAGUACAAGGUUACUCUGGAGGCAUGUACCAGGUGGCUUCAUUCUGGGUCCUCAAAUAUGGCAAUCCUAGAAAUUCCUUUGCUUUCUGGAUUCCGUGUGGAUGUUGAGAGUUUAGAAAAGGUGCUUAUGGACAAGAAAAUUGGUCUAAAGAGAUAUGAAGUGGAUGGAAGGAAAGUUCUGUUUUAUUUUGAUGAGAUUCCCAGUGAAUGCACAACAUGUAUAAAGUUCCAGUCUUAUAGAGAAUAUAUUGUGGGUAAAACAGCACCUUUACCAGUCAAAGUAUAUGACUAUUAUGAGCCAGCAUUUGAAGCUAUUCGUUUUUAUAAUGUAAGUGAAGAUAGUCCCUUGGCAAGAGAACUUUGUGAUGGACCUUCUUGUAAUGAGGUGAAGAGUUCAAUAAGUCAGUGGGUUGGUUUUGUUCAGAAAGGACCAUGCAAUAAUGUCCUUGGUUGUAUUGAGGAGGAACAUUUGGAGCACUGCACAUGCUAUCGGGACUGUGGAUAUGAUGGAGACCCAGUAUGUGGUUCUGAUGGCAUCAUUUAUCAGAACCAGUGUCAUAUGGAGACUACAGCCUGCCGAAACAACACAACAACAGAGCAAGUUCCUAUGUCACAGUGCCAUUUAGAAGCCACCCAGUCACUGGCAAAAAAUCAAAAAGGUUCUGAAGCGUUAAAGAUCCCAGCUGUUUCAGCUGAACCAGAAGCCACCCAGUCACUGGAUAAAAAUCAGAAAGGUUCUGAAGCGUUAAAGAUCCCAGCUGCUUCAGCUGAACCAGUGGAAGAACCAACGUUGCAGUCUGGUAUUUCGUACUAUUCGUAUGACUAUGAAGUAGAGUCCUAUGCCACAGAAACAGAUGCAUUUGAAGGCACUGAAGAGCAGGAAUGAUGCCUAAACAAAACACAACAGAAUGAAUGGAAUUAAAGUUGGAAAACAAGAGGAUCAAAAAGUAAUUAAUGUAUAUGUUUGUCAUUAUACAGGACUUACUAGAAAAAACAAAGUAGUUUGUAAUACACGAUAUAAAAUGUUUAAUUUGUAUAAAUACUCUUUCCUUAAGUAGUACUUUUGUUUACUGUUCUCUGUUUGUUUGUU